AUGCAGGCCCUACCAGAGGCGCGACAACAAACCUUCGAGGAGAUAUACGGACCGCCAGAGAAUUUCCUCGAAAUCGAAGUGAGAAAUCCUCAAACCCAUGGCACAUCUCGCAACAUGUACACCUCCUAUGAGAUUGUCUGCCGCACCAAUAUCCCAGCCUUCAAACUAAAGCACUCCGUCGUGCGCCGUCGCUACUCCGAUUUCGAAUACUUCAGAGACAUCCUGGAGCGAGAAAGCGCACGGGUCACCAUUCCACCGCUCCCGGGGAAGGUUUUCACGAAUCGCUUUAGUGACGAUGUUAUUGAGCACCGACGGGAAGGCUUGCAGCGGUUCUUGCAGAUUGUUGUAGGUCAUCCGCUGCUGCAGACGGGAAGUAAAGUCCUGGCCAGCUUUGUUCAAGGUAUAACUCAAGUCCCCUUCUCCCAUGCAUGGCUGUUUAGAUGA